UUUUGGGCCUGGAACUGCUUAUCUAUCUCCAUCCAGCGUUGCUGUUAGUCCCUUCUCGUCUCUUUCUAUUCUCUCUCUCUUCUUCGGCAGCUGAACAGUUUCUCCGCCGCCGCCCAAUUUUCCUCGUUCAAUGGCCGAGGUUGACGCUUCCAAGCCCCAAUCCCUAGCUGAGCAAUAUUUACUGGAGGAGAAAGAAAAAAAAUCAGAUGUGGCUGUUCAACCUGUAGAAGAGUCUGAGGUCAAACCCUCAAUAGAUGCUCCUACCGAGGAAAUUGUUCAGAAAACUGAGGAAAACCCAACUGUUGUUGAUAGUGAAGUCGCUCCUGCUGCUACUGGAGGGGAUAGUGAAACCUCUGACGUGGCUGCUGGAGAUAGCAAGGAAACCAGUCCUGCCGAUGCCAAUCCGGCUCCCAGCGAAGAAAGCAAUGACACCGCUGAAUCUGAGAACACCAAUAACCAGGAAGCUGAAGAGACUCCGGAGAUCAAGCUUGAGACAGCACCAGCAGAUUUCCGUUUCCCAACUACUAACCAAACAAGACACUGCUUCACCAGAUAUAUUGAGUAUCAUCGGUGUAUUGCUGCAAAGGGUGAAGGAGCGCCUGAGUGUGACAAGUUUGCUAAAUAUUAUCGCUCCCUCUGCCCGGGUGAAUGGAUUGAUAGAUGGAACGAGCAAAGGGAAAAUGGAACUUUUCCAGGUCCUCUGUAACUCGUACUACUGCUCAAAAGAGUCGUACAUCUUCAAAUCUGUCCCAAGCAUAGAGCGCUUCUUCUUCUAAACAGCUGAGGAAUAAAAAUUAAGGCUUGUCCUUGAGAGGAAUUCAAGCCUGAACUGUAACUGGUGGCCUUUUGAACCAUAUUGUUGCCUAUCUUGUAUUUACUGAUAAAUUUUCAUCAAGUACUAUACUCGUUCAUGGAAAAUUUUCUAUAAGUUCGGAAUAGAUGUCACACUUUUCCAUUGAACAUGAGGCCUCUGUUCAAGAAUAUUUAAAUAGACUGUUCAAGAAUAU